AUGGCAGGUUCCUCAGCUUCCGAUACGAGUAUUAUCUCGGGUCGCAAUCCCAUUAUUUACUCGUCAUCGAGCCCUCUUACACUUUUUUUAGUUCAGGCUUUUAUCAUCAUUGUUUUCUGCAGGCUUAUCCAUUACCCACUUUCAUUUAUUCGCCAGCCUAAAGUUAUUGGUGAGGUCAUUGGAGGAAUUAUUCUUGGCCCCACAGCCAUGGGUCGAAUCCCCAACUUUACAAAUUCCAUUUUUCCCCCGGCCUCGCUUCCCAAUAUUAAUUUGGUAGCCCAGCUUGGUCUUAUUUUUUUCCUCUUCAUUGUUGGUAUGGAAAUUGACAUUCCCUAUCUACGAAAACAUUGGAAAAUAGCUGCCAGUGUGGGUGGUGGUUCUGUUAUUCUUCCAUUUUCUCUGGGCUAUGCUGUCGCCAUUGGACUUUACAAUGAGUUUGUGGAUAAGGAUACACACAUCAGUUUUGGAACGUUUGGGCUUUUCAUUGCUAUUGCCAUUUCCAUUACAGCGCUUCCAGUGCUUGCCCGUAUUUUGACGGAGCUUGGUUUGCUACACGAUACUUCAGGUAUCAUGGUUUUGGCAGCAGGUGUAAGCAAUGACAUUGUUGCAUGGGUUCUUCUUGCCCUGGUGAUUUCUCUUGCUCAUGCCGGAGCUCCCAUUGAUACCCUUUACAUUUUACUUUGUGCUAUAGGGUGGUUUCUUCUGCUUGCCUUUGGAGUCCGUCCUAUUCUUUACAGGUUUCUUAAACGGACAGGCUCUAUUGACAAGGGACCCACAGAGUUUGCUGUUAUUGUUAUUUUACUGAUGGCUUUUGUGUCAUCUUUUUUCACCGACGUUAUUGGUGUUCAUUCCAUGUUUGGCUCUUUUAUUGCCGGUGCCAUUAUUCCUCGUGAAAAUAAUUUCCCUGCAAAACUUACCGAGAAAAUUGAAGAUUUGGUUACAGCCAUUUUCAUUCCCAUUUAUUUUGCAAUCUCUGGCUUUAAAGUGAAUUUGGAUACCCUUAACGAUGGAAAAACUUGGGGAUAUACUAUUUUGGUGAUUGUGAUUGCAUUUGUAGGCAAAGUUCUUGGCUCUGCGGUUCCAGCAAGACUUCUUGGACUUGGGAAUAAAGAGGCAGUUGAAGUUGGUAUUCUCAUGAGUUGCAAAGGUUUAGUUGAGCUGGUCAUUCUCAAUGUUGGCUUGGAGGCAGGAAUUCUGAAUACAAAACUUUUUUCCAUGUUUGUUCUCAUGGCCAUUGUGACGACGUUUGCAACAACCCCGCUUACUGUUCUUUGGAGAAACUACAUGGCCAAACGUGAAACCAAAAAGCAAAAAGACCAGUCAUCUCUUUUAUCUGACAACAAAAAUGGAGUUCCACGUGGCAUGAACUUUAAGCUUAAAAAGAUUGUCCUUGCCUUUGACAAUGAAGAGAUGCUGACCUCCAACAUGGUUUUGACGCAAAUGCUUGCAAACCCGGAAAAGCUUGUUUCUCUAAAAUCUACUAUAUUUGACGACUCACUUUCAGCCGUUAGCUCUCGGUCUACGAUCAACCAUCAAAGCUUUUUUUCAUCUGCGUUACACAAGGACAUUUUUGUUUCUGCUGUGCAUCUAGUUGAUUUGACUGAUCGUACAGCCGAUCUUAUUCAAGCUAUGGCAGGUGAUUUUCUACCUGCAGCACACGAUCCGUUAAUGAAAGUUAUGAAUACAUUUACGGCACUAAACCACAUUCCUUUUGAGGGUUAUAUGUCGAUUGCUCCAUAUGCUGACCGCAUGCGUAUCAUCAUGUCCCUUUCAGAAGACCCAUCGGAUCUGCUUUUUGUGUCAUGGGCCGAUUUCCGAGGCGAGAUAGCAGCCAACAAGCGGCUUUUAUCAAAAUCAAUGGCCGAAUUUUCAGUACGUGAAGGUCUGCCUGUCUUACAAGCAAAGAUGGGUGUUCUUUCUGGGUUGUUUUCUGCAGCCAAAUCACACACCUGCGCUUUUAUCGAUAGAGGGUUUUCUGGUAGUUCUACAAAUGCACUUCAAACCAAACCACAGGUUGUGGUUCCAUUUUUUGGAGGGAAUGAUGACUGGCUAGCUUUUGGAAUUGGGCUCUAUUUGGCGAAAAACCAGAACGUUCAGGUUACUGUUCUUGUUGAGACGCCUGUAACUAUUUGUAAAAACGAAACCCAUGAGAUACCUAAUCCUCCAGAACGCGCGGUCUCGCCUUCAAGAUUUGGACUCAAGCGCGGGUUUGGAUUCAUGGGUAACAAGAUUGUGGAUUCGCCAGAUUCACUGGAUUCUACAGUAUUCAAUGUCACAGUUUUGAAGGGCAAAGAGAACAAUAAGGGCAGUCCCGAAAUUAGUACUGAGUCAGUGUGGGACACAGUUACCGAAGUCUACAAUGAGUUGCCUACCGAGCUUCAAAGCUCUGUUACGCUGACCAAGUUUUCGCACUCGCCACAGCAGCAAGAACAAGAAGAACAAAGUGAUUUAACUUAUACAGAAGCCCUCAAGCUGUACCGGUUAGGACCGCACGAUCUUGUAAUUAUGGGCCGCAGCACUCGUGGGACUGAAAACAAGCCCAUGUUAGCAGAGGCCCCUCAUGCCUCUUUCCGACAGGCAGUUUUGUCUGAGGGCAUUGAUGUUGUUUCCGCUAAUGAGACUAGGGAUGAGGAGAGCGAACAGGAGUGCUUGUUUGGAACAGUAGCAGGGGAAAUUGUGGGGUCCAGCGAGAUCCAGUGCUCGAUGAUUGUGUGCCAGGCUGCACAGACAAGUGUCAGUGUUGUUGUUGCAGGCAAUGACGACGCAGCGGAUAUUUUACCAGCAGGCGUGGUAUCUGUGGUUUCUGAGCCUUUGAAAGAUUGA